CACCCCAGAAGGCAGAAGCGGAAAGAAAUUAGAUCCAACAAGAUAAUGAACCUUGCCCGCGGAUAUACGAACGAGACUGAGCGAGACGAGAGCAGCGGGUACAACCUGAAGGCUGGGGAAGUGAGCUCUGGCACGACCAUCAUUGCUGUCAAGUACAAAGACGGAGUCGUGCUUGGCGCGGACAGUCGCACGUCGACUGGGACGUACGUAGCAAACCGUGUAUCGGACAAACUCACGAGCAUCCACGAUCGCAUCUACUGCUGCCGAUCGGGCAGUGCCGCUGAUACGCAAGCUCUGUCCGACUAUGUUCGUUACUUCAUUGCUUCCCACGCGGACGAGCUGGAAGGGGAUGCGCUGCCCAAGGUGCACACCGCCGCGACGCUGUUCCGCAAGCUCUGCUACGAAAACAAAGACCGAUUGAUGGCAGGGAUAAUUGUUGCCGGUUAUGACAAGGUCAAAGGCGGACAAGUCUAUUCGAUCCCCAUCGGGGGUGCGCUCGUGGAACAAGACUAUGCGAUCGGCGGGUCUGGUUCAGCAUACAUUUACGGGUUCGUCGACAGCCACUGGCGAGCAGGUAUGAGCCGUGACGAAGCAGAAUCGUUUGUGCAAAAGGCGUUGUCCCACGCGAUGGCCCGCGACGGGAGCUCCGGUGGCGUCAUCCGCACCGUCACCAUCAACGAAGAAGGGUGCCACCGCGGCUUCGUUCCUGGCAAUCAAUUGCCGUUCAGCUUUUAGGCGAAUCCGCAUUAGCACCAUCGGCUUGUCGUUUGCAAUUGAGGGCGAUUACUCCUUAAUGCACAUGAUUCGAUCGUUUUCAU